AUGGCUGCCGCUCAAGGAUACCCUUUUCUUUGCUUGGAGAACCCUCUCCUCGAUAUCCAAGCUGUUGGUGAUGCUGCUCUUCUCCAGAAGUAUGGUCUGAAGGACAACGAUGCUAUUCUCGCUGAGGAGACGCACAUGGGACUCUAUGAGGAGCUGCUGCAGAAUCAUGAUGCUAAGUUGAUUGCCGGCGGUGCCGCCCAGAACACUGCCCGUGGCGCUCAGUACAUUCUCCCCGACAACUCUGUUCUCUACAUUGGAUGUGUCGGCCGUGAUAAGUAUGCCGAUAUCCUGAAGGAGACUUGCACCAAGGCUGGUGUGCACACCGAGUACCGUGUGGAUGAUGCCCAGCCUACCGGCAAGUGCGGCGUGAUCAUCACUGGCCACAACCGUAGCAUGUGCACCCACCUUGCUGCGGCUAAUGAAUACAAGCUUGAGCACCUUAAGCAGCCUCAAAUUUGGUCUCUUGUUGAGAAGGCUCAGGUGUACUACGUUGGUGGCUAUCACCUUACUGUGUGUGUGCCCGCUAUCCAGGCUCUUGGCGAAGAGGCUGCUGCAAAGAACAAGAUCUUCAUGCUCUCUCUUUCGGCCCCUUUCAUCCCUGAGUUCUUCAAGGACCAGCUCGACAGUGUGCUGCCCUACACCGACUACACCUUCUGCAAUGAGACUGAGGCUCGUGCUUACUCUAAGAGCCACCAAUGGGGUACGGAUGAUGUCGUUGAGAUCGCCAAGAAAUUGGCUCAGCUGCCCAAGAAGAACACCAACCGCCCAAGAGUCGCCAUUGUGACUCAGGGUACUCUGCCUACUGUAGCUGCUACCUUUAACUCCAACGGCGAAGUUGAGGUUAAGCAGUUCAGCGUCGUUGAGAUUGCUAAGGACCGCAUCAAUGACACCAACGGUGCUGGUGAUGCCUUCGCUGGUGGUUUCUGUGCUGGUGUUGUGCAAGGCAAGUCUCUUGAAGAGAGCAUGGACAUGGGCCAGUGGCUCGCCAGCCUUAGCAUUCAAGAGUUGGGACCUUCUUUCCCCUUCCCCAAAAAGGCCUACGCUCCCACCAACCGGUCGUAA